UGAAGCGGCUGCCUCGGAGCUCUCCGGUAACAGAGACAGUAGACGGCACUGACUCACGCUGACGAUCCACGGACAGCACAUUUUAGACUCUACCUGACCUGCAGUUGAAGAUCCGACAGGAGGGCGAUUAUGAAGGCAUAAGAGAACUUUCCUCUGAUUUUUUAGGGGGGGAGGCUGUUUCACCAUCUUUCCCGUAAAUUCGGACAUCAAAUAAAGUCAGAAUGUACAUCAGUGAUUUAUAAACACCAGAUGGCGGUGAGCUGAAAAAUCACUAAAACACAUCUGAGUGUGUUGGGACGGGACACGGUGUUAUUCUUCUCCCCUCCUUGUCUUUUAUUACACAGAACUUGUUUUCCACUGGUGGCGGACCUUCUAGGCUAUUUUUGUCCUUAAUUUUGUCAGACAUUAUCCGACCCCCUUCUUCUCCCUCCUCCACUACCGCCUCGUCCUCCUCCUCCCGUUCCUCCUCCAACCGUCUUCACUCGGUUUAAAAAAACAAAAAGAAAAGAAAAAGAAAGCCACCAAGGAGACAAGACUACACUCUACCAGCGUUCAAAGGGAAUCAAAACAAUCUAAUCAACAUCAGCACAGGACUGGACCCUGACAAGGAUGCUACUCCAGCACAGAGGCUACUAGACGGUCCAAACAGCCUUUGCCAAUAUGUUCAGGCCAGGUUACGGUGGGGUGGAGCUACUGUUGGUGUUGUGGGGCCUGGAUCUCUCUUCACCCUGCCCUCGACACUGUAUCUGCUACACUUCACCUAGCACUGUCUCCUGCCAGGCCCACAACUUCCAUGCUGUGCCUGAGGGCAUCCCCGCUCAGAGCGAGCGCGUUUUCUUGCAAAACAACAAGAUCCAGCGGCUACUUCGAGGGCAUUUCUCGCCCACUACCACUAUGCUGUGGCUUUACUCCAACAACAUCUCCUAUAUACAACCAUCCACCUUCCAUGGCUUUGACCGCCUAGAGGAGCUUGAUCUUGGGGACAACCGGCACCUGAAGGCCAUUGCCUCGGACACCUUCCUGGGCCUUGGUCGGCUACAUGCCCUUCAUCUAUACCACUGUGGCCUGAUCACCCUCCCUCCUGGGAUCUUUUCAGGCUUACAUAAUCUCCAGUAUCUCUAUCUACAGGAUAACCAGUUAGAAUUCCUAGAGGAUGAUUUGUUCAUCGACCUUCUGAACCUCAGUCAUCUCUUCCUACAUGGCAAUCGUCUAUGGAGUCUUCGCCAGAACACUUUUCGAGGUCUAGGAGUCUUAGACCGGCUCCUUCUCCACCAGAAUCGAAUCCAGUGGGUUGAUCGUCAGGCCUUCCAUGACCUUCGGCGUCUCACUACUUUGUACCUGUUUAAUAACUCCCUCACUGAGCUGUCUGGUGCCACCCUGACUCUUCUGCCGGCCCUGGAGUACCUGCGACUCAACGACAACGCCUGGGAGUGUGACUGCAAGGCCCUGUCACUUUGGGAUUGGCUGCGGAGGUUCAGAGGCUCCACCUCCUCUCUGAUGUGUGUUUCGCCGCCUGAGCUGGCGGGGAGGGACCUGAAAACGCUCAAGAAAGAGGAGCUGCCCAGUUGCAUAUCAGGCGAGAGUCAUGCGCAUGGCGCCCCAGGUAGAGAGAUUGAGCACGGGGAGUCUUUAAACCACCUGAAUCGUCACAGAAACCAUCACAACCACCAUCAGCGGCCAUACUUGCCCCACGGGGACCAGUACAGCUUGCCUUCACCCUCACCCCUACCACGGCCACCUAAAGGAGGUCGCCGAAACUGUACUCGCCGUGGCCGCAAGGCAAAAGGGGGGCUCAAUGAGGUGCAGGUACUUCAGGAGGGGGGUGAAAAAGACUACACUCCAGAUGGUGAUAAAUAUGACCUGUCUGCCACAACAAGGAGGAAGAACAAGUGCAUCCCCAGAACUUCCGUUGGCCCACCAAUUGGGGUCCAGAGAGCUAAUAACAAAGCAGGGUCACAUCAUGCAGGUUUAGUUUCGUGUUUGUCAUCAGCUCUGCUGCUGUCAUUCUACUUUGUGAUCCUACGUUGAGACAGGAAACGGACACUGUUGUGCUGGUGACGCAACCUUAUGAUUCAUUCUCCUGAACCACCUUGUUCUGGCUCUUUAAAUGAGGCAUGUGCACAUAAAUGUGUGUGUAAAUGACUGUGUACAAAGGACUUCACUGAGAAUCCCUGUGGUAUUAAUGCAGGGGUCAUUCUGAGUCAUAAUCAAUACAUGUUAGUCAGGGAAAACUAUUUUGCCCAUUUGCUUUGAUGAUGUCACCAAGGGAAACAACAGGAAAACUUUUGUGUCUCUGGCAUCAACUGCUUCACUGAAUUUAUGUACAGCCACAUAAAAUAACAAGCCAAUAAUUCAGCAACAGGAACACACAGUAAGUAUCAAAACAGUUCAUGGCUCGGUCUCUGCGUUUAGCCCCCGUGACACGAUAGCGCUCACAACCGCAACCUCCAUCUGUCAGUCAAGCCGAGAGGAAGACAUACUCAUUUGUAGCUGUCACCGUACUCACUCAGCAACACCUUAAGAUCAAGAAAGAAAAUACCGCUGACCCAAGUGGCAGGAAAAUGAGUCAUUGUGAAACGUUUUAGCAGUAAUAGCUAUAACCAUUAUAUACCUGCAAAUAAAGUGGUUUUCUUUCACGUAUCAGGACAAGUUUAAUGUGAAUCUGUAUGCUUAACUUUUAACUUCUUAGUCUAAAUUCUGAAAGUACCACAGAAAUUGUCACUCAACUAUUCGCCAUUCAGGUCUUCAAACUGUUGAAAACUAUAAUUUGUCCGUGCCCUCACAUCGAAACUUCAAAAAGCCAUUCAGAACUAACCAAUCGUUUGAGGAGCCAGCUGGUCACAGUCAGUGUAAAUGAAUGGGAACGAGUGACUGAAAAAAUUAAGAUUUUUUGUAUUAAUGUUUGUAUGUAUAUGUGUGUGUAUGUGUGUGUGUGUGUGUGUCCUCUAAAAAAAAAAUUAAAAAACACUAAAGCCAUGCGGGUAGAAUGAAGUUAGAAAGCAAGAGUGCCUAUCGAGAGCCAGUUUCCAAUAUGGACAAAACUUUGGAAUUUCAUUCAGCCUUUGACCUCUGUGGCUACAAAACAGAGGCUCAGCUCAUGCAGGUCAAGGAAAAGCUGAGGCCUGAGCCAGACUCACAAUUCCAAGAAACAGAUAUGCACUUUCCUCUUUCAUACCACAGAGGCUAUAAAUACAUCUUCUAAAGAGAGAUGAUCCAAUCCAAAUAUUCUUCGGAAGCUUUCAAUCAGAUGAUGAUCACCACAAGUCACGACAUCUUCUGCAAAGAUCCAAUCGUUCAUCAAAAGGAGAGCAGAGAAGUAGCUCAAAAUCUGUGAUGAUCACCGGACGACUGACAAACUCCUGGUUUUCUUUCUUUGUUUAGUGUGCUCCGAAACAGACGGACUCAUCGAUGUGCAAGCCCUGACUGGAGACUUGGAGUUUAAUGCUGCUACGUUUGAGGAGAGAGAAUCCCAUUGGCCUUUUGUUGGCUUGGGACUCCUCUUCAAGAAAUUUCAAAAAGCACAGAAAGGACUGUGUGACAUGGCGCCCUUUGAGAGGUUCAAGCACACACCCUCUAACCCUCCCAAAAUAGCCCAAUCUAUCACCUUCACAGCCUUCCUGUCCCACUAUAAACUCCCCAUGAGUCCAGGGUUUUCGAAUCACAAACAGAGCACCACAGAUAAUGCCGAGACUUUGACUCAGUCACUCAGCCAAAGUGCUCAAUGACAAAACCUGUACAGAUACUCAUGGGCCACCCGGGUACCUUGGCAAGCCAGUAAUGCUAAAGAUCUCUUUGUUUCUUUUACAAUUACAAAGUUAUGAAUCUUAUUUUGAAAAGGAAAAAUACCCUUUUAUGCAAAAGAUGAACUAUAAGCUUAAAAAAAACAAGCUAAAUAAUUGACAUGCUAACAAAAAGCACAAAAAAUAAUGAGUUUAGUUUUGCUGGCAUCCUAAAAAUACCUGGUUUUGAUGGGAAUUCAUGAGCAGGGCCCGCAUUUGUACCCUGCUUGGGUGUGUUUCCCGCUGAGCCCCGCCUUUUCAUGUCUCUCUAUCUAGAUGUCGGGAAGCCUGUCACUUGAGUCAUUCUCCUGACAUGUAGGAUUUAGAAAUCCCUACUGGUGAACUUGUUUGUGCUGCUGUUAACCCAGAGGUGAUGUAAAUUGUGUCUGUUUAUUCCUGUGAGGAUGACUUUUAUAUAUAUAUUAAAAAAAAGAGAAAAAAAAGUGGAUAAACUGAUUCUCUGAUGUGUCUCAGUAGUUCCCUCAAAAAAAAAAAGAGAGAGACUAAAAACAGGGAGCUUGAGGCUGGAACUUUUAUUAUUAUUUUUAAAAUAUGAUUUUUAUCAUUAUAUCAUUUUCCCUUUCAGUCUUUUUUUUUCUUUCCUGUUUUGUUUUCGCUGACUCACUGAAGAUAAACGGUACACUGCACUGCUCCACCCCCUAACCCCUCCCCUUACCGCUCCUCCUGCUUUCCUAUUCAUCCCUCUUUUCUCCCUCCCCUCCCCUUCUCCUCACCCCUCCAAAACUUGCAUCCUUUCUCUCUCCUUGUCUGUCUGUCUAUUCGCUUUUCCUUCUCCUCCUUCUCUGCUCCUUUCCUUGCUACUCCCAACACACACACACACACACACACACACACACACACACACACACACACACACACACACACACACACACACACAGCUCUAUCUCUAAACUCUUUUCCUUUACUCUCUUCCUUUGUGCAACCCAAAUGUUUUGUAUGUGGUUAUCAAACAAUGCCAGACUCAAAAGCUGUUUAUAAAUAACAUUAAACAGAAAGUGUCCUCAAAUGGCUGAGGUGGUCUUGUGUUUGUUUGCCUCCCUUUUGUCAGCGCAUAUGCGCAUCUGUCUGUGUGUGGCUAAUAGACAUACGUCUAAAAUGAGCCCUGGGGCUGAAUGAUAAGCGAGUGAAAGGAGAGGAAAAUGGUUAAAAAGUUUUUUUAAAAAAAGAAAAAAAGAGCUAAUGAAUAAGUAUGCACAUCAUCUACUGCUCGGAGAGAAACACUCACAUUUAGCCAGGAUAUAUUUUGGCCUCCUUCGUGUCCUAGUUUCACUCACUACGCUGCAGCCUCAUAUUAAAUAUGUAUCAGAGUGAGUGUAAGCACAUGCGCACGCACAAACUGUCAAAUACACUCACCUGUCGAGCUCUAUUAGCUGCGAGGGUGCCAGUGAGUUGUCUUGCGUCGGGUCAAGGCGAGGUCAGCUAGAGCGUUGGCAUGUGCUGUGCCUGCUUUAAAUGUGUUCA